AUGGCCUUCGACAAAACAUGGAUCGUUCUAAUUGCGGGUUGUGGUGUAUUGGGGCUUGCUUUUUGGGGUGGAAUGAAUGCUAUGACUCUAAAGAUGACACUGUUAUGGCUUUUUAUCAGCUUUGGUUUUUUGACGUUAAUUAUGCAUUUGUUUGGUUCACCCAUCAGCCUUCUGCUUGGCAAAGUUCUUCAAACGUCAUCAGCUGACGGGUCGUGUAAAAAAGGUAUCUUAUAAUUUCUAAAUAUUUUAUGAAAAAUAUAUGAUUAUAUACUUAAACCCUCCAGUAGGUAGCAAAGAAGAGUGAAACAAUAAUGCUGUGAUUUUCUGUAAAAUUAUGCCAAAAAAUCAGUUACACAUUACACUAAUACAAAUUUUUAAAGCUUAUUAGGGGUGAUGAAUGGUCCAUUAAAAUUUUUAACUGCUCGCAAAAUUUUACCUUUGCUAGAUUUGCUCGCAAAAUUUAAACGAGUGCUCGCUUGCUCGUGCUCCCAAAAUUUUGGCAGUUGCUCGCAUGCUCGUUUUCUUGUCAGUAUUGCUCGAGAUUUUGUGGAUCCUUCUUUUAAUGUAAUUCUGUAUGGUGCUUAAUUCUUAUAAAUAUGGCUAUCAAGUUCUGUGGAAAUGCACGCGAUAAAUGACAGCGAUAAAUAAUAAAUUAGCUAAUCUAGCCAGAUAUGGUUAAAAAGAGAAGAUAUUGUUACCUUGAGUUCUUCUGAGUUUCUCUACCGCUCUACUCACUGGGCUUUUAAAUAAUUAGGCCUUGUUUUCAAUAAAGUUUGGAAGCUUUAGGAUUCUUCGGGAAGAGGUUAAUUGUUCUGACACGAGGAUCUUGUUCCUCCUCAAGUUCUUCUUCAUCCAGAUCAGUCAUGUCCCUUUCUUCAACCCCACUUGUACGCUUGAGACAUUCUUCGUAGAGCUCUUGUUUUAAAUCGAUAUUAAAAUCUUCAUCUGUGAACUGCACUUCCCAAACGGUUCCAGUCACAAGAUGUUUCUCUACCUGGGGGGUGAACUCGUAUUAUUGAAUAUUAGACAAUCUUCGGAAUCGCUUGCGUACAGGUGUGUUUUUACUUUAGACGAAGUUCUCUUAAGGUUUUGUGUAAGCUUUCCUAAAAGAAAGGGUCCACUGAUCUCUUUGAACUUAGCGAUGAGUAUCACAUCAUCUUUUUAAAAUAUUUUCUGUUUUAUUUUAAAGAAAAGGAUUUCCAUAUGGAUUGCUGCAAGCGGAAAAUAUAAGAAGUGCUUGCUGCUCAUGAGUUGUAUACUCUCUACUCUCGCUCGUGCUCGCAAAAAAAUCGCACUGCUUACAUGCUCAUGAAUGCUCACAAAGACCAUUCGUCACCCUACUUAUUGAUAACGUGUUUUGUAUGAUUAUUUUAAUUAUGAUAAGCUUACAUUGUACUCAUCAUCUGUCAUCUCAUUGGUUAAGAACCUACAGUUAAUUUUAGAAGUCAGUGCGACCUACAGAUUAGUAGUCAGUUAUUAGUCCGUUAUCCUCUGGAGGAAUGAGUAAUAUGUCAAGUGGUCUAUUAACGUUCUUAAGGUGGCUUGAUACAGUUUUUCAGGGUCAAUGCCUCCCAAGUUUGAGCAUAAACUACGUCGCCAUAAACAAAUGUUUGAAAAAAUUGCCACCACAGUUGUAUUAGAUAAAAAUGAAAAUUUGUCGUGAUCAGGGUUGCAAAGACAUUGGAGUUGUCAUAGCAAUGGAAUGACACCAUUACCUAUUUUGCUUACAGCACUGGCGACUGUUCUUCCAAAAUCGUUCGUGGAAGCCAGGGUUCUCAAUAGAUUUUUAAGUAGGAGGUGAUCACUGAUAAAGUAGGAGGCUCUUCAGCAAAGCCAGAGGUGUCAAAACAAAGCAAAGAAAAGCGACUUAAACACAAAGUAAGCGGCUAUAAAUCCCAAAGUAAGCGGCGAUCAAUCGCCGGGUGCCGCCUUCUAUUGAGAACCCUGGGAAGCUUUUUCCUCCAAUAGCCACCUCAAUGUUCGUGAAGUUUGAGUGGAAUGUAGCCCUUACUUUACUGCCUUACAAUAUGAAAAUAAUCUUGAGACUCAAAGGUCUCCUAAAGCAACACUUAAUCUCGGGAAUUUCAAUUUUUCAAAAAAAAUCUUUCAAGUGGUUUAAAAAUUAUUUGCUAAUUUGUAAGGUAGACUGAAAUGUUUACAAAACCAUUAACAAGACAGUAGCAGAUCCAGACCUUCAGUUUAGGGAGGGGGAGGGUGGGGUGGGGGUUUUCUCAAAAAAAUUUAUUUUCAGACCUCUGUUUGGUCUAAAAAUAAGGGGGGCCUGGCUCCCCCGUUGGGGGGUUAUGGGGGGUAUGUAUCAAGAGUGCCUUGAUACAUAAUAUAAUCAAUUAAGUGCCUUGAUACAUACUAAUCAAAUGCCUCUUUGUAGCAAUCAGCUGGAGCUAUCUCCAUGAUUGACACACAUUUUUAAAAAUAUUGAAACUACAUGUCAAAAGCGCUUCGUUUUCUACAGUUAAUGGCCAAACAUCAAGGUUGUCCAUUUUUUACCGUUUUUCUAACCAUGAAAACUUCAUCCCAAAUAUCUCGAUAAUGUUCUUACAGAUUCCUCUUAAACUUCACUAUUAACUGGGUUAAAGAAUUUAACCUAAAAUCAAAUUUGACCUGUAACACAUAUACAGCGACCUACACUGUAGUGGUAGUCAAAACAUUAUUUUUACCAUUGAUUUUUACUCUUAAGUGUUUUUAGAACUCUUAUAAGUUGAUAAAGAGUUUGGUUAUAAUUAUCAUGCCAGCGACAACACUACAGUGGGAUUAAUAGGAGAUACUUAUCUUUUGUUAAAAUACAUUUAGUUUAAGGAGAGUUACUGUGUUAUUCUUGAUUUUUUUUAGCAAGGUACUCCGAUGCUGAAUUGAAUGAGAAGAGGAAAAGAAUUUUGCAAAUGAAACAAUUUCUGCAAGAUAAUAAGGUACUAGCUGUAUACUUUUAGUAUAUUUUUGAUGAUGAAAAAUAUUAGCAGUAUGUUCUAUUUUUACAAUGUUAAUGUACCAGCCCAUGCACUCACUCAUUUUUAAUCGUUUUCAAUUAAGAUUGCAUUUUGAAGUUUACACCUUUGGUUAAAAACACACAAACUAAUGUUAAAUUUUCUGAAACCUGAUAGGUUGACAUUUAUAAAGAAAAUGUUUUAGCGCCCAGAGAGGAAGCAUUAAGAGCAAAAAAAGAAGCUGAAUUUUACAAGUUUAACAGCAACUGGAAAGGAAAAGGUUUUAGAUUAAGGGUAAAUAUUAAACAUUGAAAUGUGGUUGAUUGAGUUACCUGAAAGAUAUUGAUACAAAAAUUUUCCAUCUCUAGCUUUAAUAAUAAACUUUUCACUCCUUCCAGGAGGUAAUUAUUUAAUAAGGAUAGAAAAAGAGAAAGCCAGGGCCCGGUUCCUGAAAGGUCGAUUAGCGUUAAUCCAGGAUUAAAAUUGUGUUCCAUUUUGUACUUUACAUUCCUAUGCAUUGCUUAGGGUAACAUUUUCUGUUAUCAUUACUGUAUCUCGUAGUAAAGGCUCAACACUAGUAUUUUGUAGCCUCGAGUUGCAUGUUCUUAGAGUAGAAAACCGUUUUUGAAAUUUAGCUUAAUUCUGGGUUAAACUUAACCAUCUUUCGAGGAACCGGGCCGAGAAAGAUAUUUUUCACACUUGUAUUUGUUGUUUACAGGAUGACUAAGUUAAUACAGUCAAUUCUUAAUCAAUUCAAACAGAUGUCUUUCCCAAUUAGGUACUCCCAGAAGAGGACACUUAACUGAACACUAAUGCUCCAACAUUCUUUAGACAAAGUCAAAUCUUUUUUUCUGUACCGAUUUUGACAGUUUUGAUACAAUAACAGGUACCUGUCUGAGCCAUCUUUCUCAAAACUAGUGAUGUCAUCAUAAGAUGUCAACAGCUGUCAAGAAAAAUAAUGACCGUAUCUUAUAAAGAAUUUAAUUGUCUUAAGUUUUUACUAUUGCAAGCCAGAGGAGUUUAUGGUUCCAACAACAUACCAGGGCUGUCAGUCAGGGCAGGGAACUGGGGCUGGUGAUUUCCCUUGGCUACUACGAACAUGAAACGUACUUAACUUUUGCUGAAAAAAAAAAGGAAAGUUGAACCAAAAAGAACUAAAUUGCUCCAAGAAGCUGUUCAAUUCUCCCCCUUAACUAACUGCAUAUAUACCUGCCAACUUGAACACUUGGGACUCUUUUCAUUUGUCAGAACUGACUGGCGAGGUCAUUCCCAUCGCAAUGAGGAUCACACUUUUAAUUGAAACUACCCAACCAGAUCAAUCAAAUCCUACAUACAUGUAGUAGUUGCAAAGGAGCUGGGUUUUUGUAAAAAACUCUUGGAAAAAGCCUAUUUCAUUGUCACAAUGGCUGGUCUGGCCUUAAUUCGCCAAGCCAGUUCUGACUUUGGAAAGUACCCUUAGUUUAAUAAAGCCCACUGACAUCACCUCUCCUAAGCUGAGACUCUUUUUAAAGCCAAGGGUGCAGUUCACUAAUAUGCAGAACCUUUACAUUAUUAUUAUGUUUUUAUAACUAAUAUUAAUAUCUUUUUUUCUUUAAUUUCAAUUUUUAAAGCUAGAGUGACAAGCCCUUAGGUUAUUUCAAGAGCCAUAAUGGGUCCCAUUAUGGCUCUUGGUUAUUUUCCAAAAGUGUCCUUUUGGUCUUUUUGAAGGAUGAUGGCCAGGUUGAAGGUGAAGAUGACUUUUUUUCUCAAGAGUUUUUGGAUGAUGAAAAUGAUAGUUCAGAGGAAGGAAGUGAUGCAGUAAACACCAGUGAAACUACACAAGACAAUGUAUCCACCUGGAAAUCCAAACAAGAGUUUUUACGACAAAGGAAACAAACUUAUCAGGUUAAAGACAGUGUGCUUUUCAUCCUAUCCACUGUAAAGAAUUCCAGCUUAGUCACAGUGUUGAUUGUUUAUGAUGGUGAAUAAGUUCUUUAAAAUUGUUUGUAAAUCUUGUUAAAAGUGCUUCUUUUAUACGUCUUAAGUCAUAUGAAGAGAGAACGGAAAAAAAUAGUGGAGUUUAAAAUGGGUUUUGAAAAAUAAAACAGAUUGAAAUUAAAAGUCAAGUUUGGUCUACUUUUUCUGAUCCAAAAUUUCAAUACUUUACCAUCAGGGCAGCAAGGUUAGUGUAAAGCUACAAAUAAUGUUUUUAAAGUUUUGCUUCAUUUUGUUUGAUGGUGGCGGGGUAAUGAAAUCUACUUGUCUGUUUGUUUGUUUUUUCUAUUUCAUCCAUGUACUUUCAAGAAGCUUCCUGAUGAACCAGAUCUGCAGGAGAAAGGGGUAUGUUUUUUUUUAAAAAAUUAUCUUUCAUUUCUUUUCAAAACAUUUAAUGCUAUAAUAUUGGUUGAUAUAAACCCAUUUAAAGGGGGAUUCAUAAAUCUGCAAUAUACAUUAAUUUUAGUGUAACACCCAGCGGUUAGGUUAAAAAUCAAUGUCCCUCCACAUUGAAUUUGUUAGUCAUGGUGCCACCUUUUUUCUCUCAGUUUAGAUACUUCAAUGCCCAUUCGACUUCUAUAUUCUGUACCAGUCCGAUGUCAAAUGCAGAUUAGCCAUAAUGUAAAUAUAACAAGUUAGGAUCAGCAACAUCCUGGUUGACAUGUGCAAUUUGUUUUUGCAACAGUAAAUUAAAUGAAUAUAUUUUGAUUUUUUGUGCCACCAUUUAUACAAGAAGUAAAUCAAUCUGAUCUUGGAACUGAAAAAAUAACAGCUUAAUUGAUUUGCUCUCUGAAAGAGAAUUCUACCAUGUGUAAGGAUGAAAUAAUUUCAGGCUUUCUUCUGCAGUAAUUCCACUGCUGACACUUGUGGGAAAUAAAAGAACCCAUGCUGCUGUUUGAAAAGAAUAGAGAGGGAGAAGACCUCGAUGGGUGUGGUUGACCAGGUUGAACGGGUGUAUCAAAAAUCAUCUUAUUUAGCGAAAAUUUUCUUUGCGCUCCAUAAGCGUGGUUGGGGUUAGUGAAGGAAUGAAUUUAUUUAUUGAGUAAAUAAAAUUGUUUUUGAAUCAUUAGGUGAUAACUGUUGCCCUCCGAUGCCCUGAUGGCGCAGUUAAGAGACGGAGAUUUACAGUGGAGUCGCAAAUCAAGGUGAUGCUUACUAUACAUGCACAAUACACAAGCACAUAGAUGUUUUGGCUUCCUUGAAGGAACUUAAUCAGCUGUUACACUUGCGCUUCUCGUCGUUAAUUACUUUGCGUUAUCCAUUUUUCUUAACCAUUCAUUUGUUUUAGCGGCGGCCCAAACUGUGGGAGUUCGUUGGACUUUGAAUUUAUAAGAGAAUGUUUAAAAAUAUACAAAUUACGUCCUAAAUUCCAUUUUUUUGACAAAAAAUAGAUAAAAGUGACUCACUUUGUGUUUUUGUUUUGUUAUUCUUUGAGUAUAAACAAACAAAUACACUGCAAAUGGAAAAGAAGCUGUGGCCGUGAAAACUGUGAAAGGCCUGUGACCUACGAUAAAAUUUUUUGAUCACUGACUAGAAUCCUCCUCUUUGAUAAGAUUACGAUUCAGUCUCUUCAUCAGCUUCGUUCUCAAAAAACCGCAAGUUCAAAUUUGGAAAGUCGAAAAGUAAAGUCCAAGUCAUCUUUGGUUACAAACAUAUGAUAACUUUCUUUACCAUUUUUAUUUUCGAGAUAGAAAGAUUCAGAGCUGCAAAAUCAGCAUGGUUUUGAAAUCUUGCUGUACAGUAAGUUAUAGACAGCAAAUUGACCAAUCAAAGGGCGGAAACAGACUUACAAUACGUACAAUAAAAGUAAAAUAGCGCGUGCGAUCGAAUUGUUGCGCGCAAGCUGUUCUAUGCAUGACCUAACAAACCAAUCAAAAAAACAUCAUAAACGAUUUGCCAAAGAAAAGACAGACCUUCUCAGAUGGCUUGAUAUGUCUGGCGUCAAAGAUGGAAAUACAAAGAAUCGCCUUAAGCAGUAUAUUCAAAGUGACAGUUAUCGCCAUGUUGUUCCUUUCUGUUGCUCUAAAUAUGGUAAGAACACUACAAAAAAUGGCAAGAAAAAUUUGUUUUGACGUUUAGCAAAAGUUUGAUAUAUUUCGCGAGUUUCAUGAAGGAGUUGAAAGAAAGAUAUCUUUCACAAACAACAGCAUCUUUGGUGUAUUUCGGAAAGGACGAAUAAGUAGGACGGCACGCAGAAAAAGAUGGAAGGUUAUUUUAAAACGUGGCUUUGAGCUACGGAGGGAUCUAGGGUAUUAAUAGGAACGUUCUAAAAAGCGGCCUUAUUAUCGCUUGCCUAGAGAUUAGAUAAGAAAUGAGUAGGCGAUUAAUUCUACACGAAAGAGGAGUUACUCACUAAAGGUUUUGCACUUCCUAUUGCACGUGUAGCACGCACGUUUAUGUUUUAAUUAUUUAUCAUUUUACCUAGUAAAAUUAGUAUUUGGUUCCUGUGUACCACGUAGCCGGCUACGUAGGAAAUUGUUCAAGUGGUAGGGUAUUCUGCAGUUCAGCCGUUUUCUGAAAGGAGACGACUAUAUUGUGUGCCUCCGGAGCAAGAAGAAAAAUAAGGCCGCUUCGCGGCGAAUUGGCCGCUUCACGGCCAAAAAAGGCUCGCUCCGCUCGCCAAGAGGUCGACUUGUAGCAAGUCUAGUGAAGGCCUAGAAAGACAAUUACCUUGUUUGCUAAGAAGCGUUCUCCAAAAAAACAGUUCCCUCGGAAUUCUGAUGCGUAGUCUACUUAUUCCAAUACAAGAAGUGAACAAGAAAGUCAGGACAAGUUCCAGCUUGAUUCUGGAGAGAGAAUUCCGUCGGCAAGCAAUUAAAGGCUCCACUAUAACAGAGCAAGAGAAAUCUCGAGCUGUAAUCGGAAAGAAAGUUUGCUGCAAAGCCACGUUUACAAAAAUUGCCCUAUUUGGCGAGAUUAUGGCUGUCAUGACUAGAGUAAACAAGAGGAAGAGUGCUUAAGGGUUUUAAAGCUCUGCUUCUAGAGUUAAGAAAGCAAGUAAAAAAAAUUAUCUUAGUCAUCAAAAUGAUUUCUUUUACUUGCUUUCUUAACACUAGUGUCGAUCCUUCUUCCAGGAAAAAAAGUACUGUACUUGUGAUUCCAACUAUUGAGAAACAACGGUUUGCUAAAAAAAAGGGUGCGGAGCACGAAUAGACUAGGUUGUCAGGAGCAUACCUGACUGUAAGCCAGUUAAGCGUAGGUUAAAAGAUUUUUGGGUGAUUUUUUUUUCGAAUGGCCAAAUUGAAAAAGAGUCACAAUCUUUUUUUUUGUGUUUCCAUUUUCCAAGUGCUUGCCAAGGGUAUCAUUGAUGGCAUGCAGCUCGUCAAGACAGAGCCCUGCUGCAUUCCUUCACUCUAGUUUUACAUUUAAGGUAUAGACAGAUGUCACAAGACUGCACGGGCAGACAGGCGACGCCGAGUCUCGCCGCGUCUUGGCUUUAGUAACUAGAGAGUUUUAGAUCGAGUUUACCGCGAACCUCUAACCGCUGAAGGUCACGUGACAAGUCUUUCGCGUCACGUUUGAGGUUUACGACGUGCGUUUUCAACGUGGGGAGGUAGGUUUUCACGUAGGUCAUUUACCUGAAAUCUUUUAGCGUAUAAUUCUUGUUUUAUCUCACGUAAUGAUACAAACAUCUGGUGGAGCAAGUCUUUAUCCAUUAACAGAGGCACAAAUUCGGGCGAAAUGCUAAAUCUGAUAAAUCCUAUUGGAUCUUGAAAACAAGUGCCAUUCAUGGCUGCUGAUUCAAAAUGGCGGCCGUAAAUUUGAAAGAGGAACUAAUGUGAGAAUUUACAGUUCUUUGCUGCUACAUCACAUAGUGUUACCGUAAAUUUCUUUUAUUUUCACUGAUUGAUAUUUCUUUUAUUUCUAAAUGGAAAAAAAAAAACAGAAUCCACUUCUUUAAUCCACAGCCAAUCUAAAUCGAAGUAUGUUUGUAUGUUCGAAUCGCAAACGGGUAACCGCAAACCGCGGUUAGAGGUUCGCGGUAAUCUCCGAUCUAAAACUCUCUACUGUCUUUGUGUCAACGUCUACUAUGCAAGUAGAGACACGCUCUGUGCUCCCGCUUUUACAUGCGUACAGUUACACGCGUAUCGAUACAGACAAGGUGGUCCAGGAGUUUUGCACCAGGAAUCCCCGCAGUUUGGCAUUUGAAUUCUGAACACAUGUACGCAAACCUUCCUUGAGCCAAAAGGACAAUCUCGACCCCAGUGCUUACCCUUCUGACUCCGCGCGUAAGCUCUUCCUCCCUGGCCUUCAUGCGCAGAAGAGCUCUCAUGUGGUCGAUAUUGCUCCUUUAACUGUUCAUUCGGCCUUACAUUUUAUAAUGCCACUGUGAAACAGCUUACGUAAAAUGAUUGUAACUUAGCUUAAGUUACUUUACGGCCUGUAAAACCCCGGGUCUGACGCCAGUCAAAUGACUGUUAGUAUCGCUUGUCCAGAACUUGGUUCCAGUCUCCGAAACAAGAAGAUAUAGAAUAAGAAUCUUUUUAGCCUCGUUUUGUCGAUACAUACUGUUAAUUAUAGAUCCUAUUUUUUUCCUAUCGAUUUAUGGCCGCGUGCGUCAGACUUUGUGGAGCUCCCAAGAGCUUCUCAAAGUUCCUAUUUUUGGCGUCCGAGUCUUCUUCAUUCAAAAGACGUGUGUUACUUUAGACAGAAGAUAAAAAAUAAGACUGAAAUAUGGAGAGCCAAUCUUUAAAACAUGCUUUAUCGAAAAGCGCAAUGCAUUUUGGUUUAAACUUUAUUCCAAUGCUGACUUUGGCAAACAUUUGUACGGACUCGUAUAAACAGUGCUGUAACAGAAUUUGCAGGGUUCCUUGGAAACGGGUUGUACCGGUAAAAAUUCGUUUGGAGCCGUUUAAUCGCUCUCAUUAAAAUUUAAACAAGGAAAUAACUCUCCUGUUUUUGACAUACUUUGCUUUGCUCUUGCUUACAGUGGAACACCGCCUUACGACCACCUCGGUAAUAUGGUCACCUUGUUAUUACGGCUACGUCUUUUUGGCCGCCCGGCUAAACGACCAUACAUUUUCUUGUGAAAAGCCCCUCGUUUAUACGGUCACCCGUUAAUUCGGCCAAAUUUGUGUAUUUCUAUCGUUUGACCUUGGUCAAUUUUCGUUUGACGAGUUCGGUUUGCAUUAGCCAACCUCAACAUACUUCUGUUUUGCGGUUGAAUUUUGGAUUACGUUAAACUGUUUUAAUUCUCUCUCUUUUAUCCGUAGAUGUUAUAUGUCUUCGCGGAAUGGCUUGGUUACUCGUCAUCUCGUUAUGUUAUCUCAACGAUGUUUCCGAGAAAACAACUCUCUGAAGUCACACAGACGUUUUUGGAGGCUGGACUGACUGGGGACACAGCUUUAGUAUUGGAAGAAAUAUAG